GGCGAGGGUCCAAGGCUCAGAAGGCCGCCUUCAUGAGCAAAAAGCUGUCAUAGCGGGAACCUGGUGCAAACACUGGCAACGUGGUCUACGGUUGCGUGUUUGAUUGUAAUUAAGAAGAAGAUAGCCGCAUUUAUUGAAAUCCGACUGAUCAGCCGCCAUAUUGGGGCAAUGGAGUGAGGGUGAACCAACGAAUGUGGAGGUGGUAUUAGGACGCGUGGACAUGUUGGGGCAAUGGAGUGAGGGUGAACGACCGGAUGUGUAGGUGGUAUUAGGACGCGUGGACAGGGGUGGUGUGUGAGUACUAGCGAAGUAGUAGGUAGGGCGAGGAAAGGGACGAGGGGAGGGGGUGGGGGGGGGGGGGGGGGGGAGGGAAGGGUAGGGUGGAGAGCAAGAGGGCCAGGGCGGGAGAAAGGAAGGGCGAACGCGGAAAGAAGGGCAAUCGCGGCGGGGGGAAGAAGGAGGACAAGCUCAGGGGAAAGAAAAAAAAGAAAGCUAGGAAAGAGAAGAGGAAGGCGGGAAAAAGAAAAAGGCGGGAAAGAGAAGAGGAAGGCAAAAAAGCGAAGAGGAAAAAGGCGGGAAAGAUGGCCGGGGCUGGAGGGCUCUUGGCGCGAGCGCUGAGGCACGCCGCCAAAAAUGGCGGGAGAGAAGCUUCCAGAUGCUCAUCGUUGCUUCAGAUCUCGACGCAGCCAUCGCUCUCUUCUUCAUUGAGGGGGGGGCAGACAAGCGCCGCCACGUGUAGUUCUACUAGCAACAACAGCUGUAUUAACGAUGUCCGUCUUGGUCCUCUUUAUCGAUGGGGAGGAAGGCCGGUUUCUCUGUUCAAUCCUUCUUCUUCUUCUUCUUCUUCCUCCUCCUCCUCCUCCUCCUCCCCCUCCUCCUGCUCCUCCUCCACCUCCACCUCUCCCUCUCCUGAUUGUCUCUUCCUCCGCCUCCCUCUUCGUCGUCGAUUCGCCACCUUUCAACGGACCAAGCCUCACAUCAACAUCGGGACAAUCGGACACGUGGACCACGGGAAGACGACGCUUACAGCCGCCAUCACCAAGGUCUUGUCGGAGGAAGGCAAAGCUCAAGCCGUCGCCUUUGAUCAGAUCGAUAAGGCGCCAGAGGAGAAGCAGAGAGGUAUCACCAUAUCCACUGCCCACGUGGAGUACGAAACCGAUAAGCGUCAUUAUGCCCACGUGGAUUGUCCCGGUCACGCCGAUUACGUCAAGAACAUGAUUACCGGCGCGGCGCAGAUGGACGGCGGGAUCUUGGUGGUCUCAGCUCCCGACGGUCCGAUGCCGCAGACCAGGGAGCACAUCCUGCUAGCGCGCCAAGUCGGGGUCCCGUCGCUCGUCUGCUUCUUGAACAAGGUGGAUAUGGUGGACGACGAGGAGUUGCUGGAGUUGGUGGAGAUGGAACUGAGAGAUCUGCUCACUUUCUACAACUUCCCCGGCGAUGAUAUUCCCAUCGUGAGAGGAUCCGCUCUUUCCGCAUUGAACGGCACUAAUGAGAAGGUAGGUAAAGAGGCCAUACUCAAGCUGAUGCAGGCCGUCGAUGACUACAUACCAGAGCCGCAGCGAGUGCUGGACAAGGCGUUCUGCAUGCCGAUUGAAGACGUGUUUAGCAUCCAAGGUCGGGGUACCGUCGUGACGGGACGCGUCGAGCAAGGGGUAAUCAAGGCGGGAGAGGAGGUGGAGAUCGUGGGGCUGAGACCUACUCCCGCGAAGACUACGGUCAUUGGCGUGGAAAUGUUCAAGAAGAGCUUAGACAGUGGGCAGGCGGGCGAUAAUGUGGGGCUGCUGAUGAGAGGAAUCAAGAGGGAGGAGGUGCAGAGAGGACAGGUUGUGUGUAAACCGGGUUCGGUGAAGGUUGGCCGUCGAUUUGAAGCGGAGAUCUACGUGUUGACUAAGGACGAAGGAGGGAGACACACGGCAUUCUUCUCUAAUUACCGACCGCAGUUUUACCUGCGGACGGCAGAUGUGACAGGGAAAGUGGAACUGCCGGAAGGGGUGGAGAUGGUUAUGCCGGGGGAUAACAUCCGCGCGGUAUUCGAGUUGAUACAGCCUGUGGCAGUAGAUGCAGGGCAGAGGUUUGCUCUCAGAGAGGGAGGGAGAACGGUCGGCGCUGGAGUCAUUUCCAAGCUCCUGGAUUAAAUUUUGGAUCCGCAUCUUCAGCAUCAUCAUCAUCGUCAUCAUCGUCAUCCUCGUCAUCCUCAUCAUCCUCAUCAUCGUCAUCAUCGUUAGGUCAUCGUUAUCAGGAUGAUUGUUGUUGUCAUACUUGAUCUUAUCCAUCGAAACCUUUCGUACGUAUGAUCUGACUCAUCGGUCGGUUGCCUAUGUGUGUGUGUGUGUGUGUGUGUGUGUGUGUGUGUGUGAGAGAGAGAGAGAGAGAGAGAGAGAGAGAGAGAGAGAGAGAGAGAGAGAGAGAGAUUUCUUUGCGAUAGAACGAGUAAGGUGUUGUUUUUCCCCCCUUUUGUUUAAGAAAGCAAGAGGGGGGAAAGGCGGGAUUGAGAGAGGGAGGGGGUUCUUUGUCAUCUUCAAAAGUAUGUGUGUAGAUACGUUCUUCUGUCUGUGGACCGGAGAAGUGCAACAGUAUUGUCCUCGCUCCUCUCCAGUGGGCUUUUUUCACUCGAAGAAAAGGUUUAUGAACUGAUUGCACUUUUUUUUUCUGAACUGAUUGCCCAUUUUUCAAAACUGAUCGCCCAUUUUUUCCCUCUCAAUUCAUCGCACAUAUCUAGGCUUCCCGUA